GGAAGCGAUUGCGUCCUGUCGCUUUUUGAGAGCUAUCGGGGACACUUGUAAUAAUGAAGGUGCUGAUUCUUCUUGCAUUAGUAGCGGCAUCCCAAGCCGCGGCCGUGGUAUAUCACCCUGCCUGGUGGCCGGCUGCAUCUGCAUACCAAGCAAAGGAUGCUCUUGGAAACUAUGUAUUUGGACACCACGAUGCCAAUCCUUCAGGACCAUCCUUCCAUAGCGAAUCUGGAGAUAUCUCGGGAAAGAAAAUUGGUUCUUAUGGUGUCAAGGAUCCAGAUGGUAAAGUCAGAGUCGUAGACUAUGUAGCUGAUCACGAAGGAUUCAAGGCCAAUAUCAAGACAUCAGAUAAACUGGACAAAGAUCACAAAGAUCCAGCUCACGUAACUACAUCUGAAGCCAAGCAUGUUGUACCUGUUGUUUAUGGACAUCCUUUGACUUACUACGGGAAUCCUUACUAUAUUGCAUAUUAAAUAUAACGUAUACUCUUGAAAAAUGUGCUCAGUUUGGUGUGGUAUAUUUUUGCAAAUUUAAGUGAACAACAAGAAUGUAAAAGUGUUUUUAUAUCAAGUAAAAAUGUUCUCUAUAAAAUA